AUGCGAACACAGGCUCUUUUAUGUGUGGAUAUCACUGAAAGCAAGCUGGCUAAUGCUGCAAUUGAAUCUGAAGAUGUAGAAGGAGAUACAGAAGAUGAGCUUUAUGAGGGUGAACACCAACAGAGAUAUAAAGAAGACUAUUGCUGCAAUAAAAUGGUUGAAAAUGCUUGAAAAAGUGAGGAUUCUAAGUAUGUGGAAUUGAAUAGGAAUGAGACUACAGAAGAUACGAAUGAAGUCAGAUGGGAAGCUGCGAAUGCUGAUAACUGUGCUGCGGUAGCAGACGCUGAAGUAAUAGGUUCAAGCAUCCGAUUGAGCAGAAAGAAAAAGAUUGGCAUGCAGAAAAGAAUUUUAAGGAAUAUUAAAGUAACUGGAGAAAUUGAAGAGUCUGAUGAGCCUGAAGAAACUAAAAAAAAUGAAGUUGUUGAGAAGAGGAAAUUACUAAACUGAAAGAAGUUGGGGAUUGGUGAAGCAAAAAGCAAGGAAUAUAUUGGUAAAAAUGAAAAUGGUUGGAGUUGAAGAAGGAGAAAAAAGGUAAAUGAAUUUGAGAACUAUUGGUCCUGUAGAAGGGCGAAAACCGUCUAA